GGAUGGCAUUGCUGAUGACACUCACGAGUCACAUCAAAAGAAAAAAAGUUGCAGGAGUAUUUGGUUACCGUGACAAGCUUUUCAUGCCCAAGCAGGCUUUCAAAGACGUGUGGCGGGUAGCUUGUAUGUCGCAGUCUCGAGCAAAUGUUAUUGUUCCUGAAGGACAAUUCAUUGUACGACCAAUUAAUUUUACGGGACCUUGCAUGUCAAGGGUGUCCCUCAAGGUCUUUGGUUCUAUUGUUGCUCCAGAAGAUCCUGAGGUGUGGAAUGGUUUGGAUAGAAAUAAAUGGCUCUAUUUCAUGAAUGUGAAACACUUGUCUGUAAAAGGAAGAGGAACGAUAAACGGGAAAGGACAAAGAUGGUGGGAUGAGUCUUGCAAGAUCAACAAAACAAAUCCUUGUCGACAUGCUCCAAAGGUCAGCGUAUGCUCAUAUCAAUCUAUUUAAGGAAAGAGGGAACGAUACUUAUAAAUGUCUCCAAUCAGUGCAGGCAAUGACUUUCCACAAAUGUAAUUACUUGAGAAUCAGGGGCCUUUUGAUGGUAAACAGUCAACAGAUGCACUUAUCACUUACCAGUUGUGUAAAUGUCACAGUCUCCCAUCUUAAGAUCUUAGCGCCUUCUCAUAGCCCUAACACUGAUGGGAUUCACAUAAGUACAUCCUCAAGUGUCACCGUCAAGGAUUGCAUUAUAGGCACAGGUUUGCUGCCCUUCAAGUUUAAUCACUGUCAUAUUUGCAAGGCACUCUGUUUCUAGUACCGUGUUUCAAUUAUGCUAUGCCUUUUCCGAUCUGGUGUUGACACACACACACACACAUAUAUGUCCCAUGCAUUUAGAUGUGUGAAUGCUUGCAAAUCAUAGGUGCACUUGGCCAAUUUCUUGUCUUCUUCUCUGUUUUUACUUUUCUACUUCAAUUCAUUUCUUCUUCUUCAAAUUAUGAAGAAUCUAGUCAUGACUUUGCGCUUCUUCCUCUUCAAGUUAAUUACAAAUCACUCUAGGUUUUUUCAUCUUCAUCAAUUUUCAACUAAAGUUUUCUUAAUCUAAAAUAAAUAUUAUAUAUAUAUAUAUAGAAGCCUUCUCUCUCUAUUUAUAUUACAUAAAUAAAUAUAUGAAUAUAUAUAUGAAUAUAUAUAUAUAUAUCAUGCAUAAUUAUAUAUAUUAUAUAUAUUCAUUUUUUUUAUUUAUGCUAAGAAUAACUGAAUAAGGUUGAACCUAACUCAACCCCUAAGGCCUUGUUUGGUUCAAAGGAGGGGAGGGAAGGGGAGAGUCAAGAAGGGAAGGGAAGGGGAAGGAAGGAUUUUGAUAAAAAAUUAUGUUUGGUUGGAGGAAAUAGUAGGAAAGGUUUAAUGAAAAUAUUUUUGCAAUUUACUUUUAUUUGAUAGCUUACUUAAAAAAAUAGAUACAUGUCUAACUAUUGUGAAUAUUAUUCCUAUGGUCAUGAGUCAUAAUUUUAUUUUAUUUGAUUGUUUACUUUUUUAAUUUUAUAAUUUUCAUUUUCAGUUUGGAAUUUUUAAUUUUUAAUUUUAAAAUUUUAUUAUUUUUAAUGUUUAAAAUUUUUAAUUUUUAAUUUUUAAAUUUUUAAAUUUUUAAAAUUUUUAAUUUUUUAAUUUUUAAAUUUUUUAAUCUAUUUUUUUUUUAAAUUUUUUAAAUUUUCAAAAUUUUUUGUUUUUUACCGUUUUAUAUUAUAACGUUUUUUUCAUUCACGUAGGAGAUGAAUAGUUUGCGGUUAUCAACACGUUUCCUCCUAAAUACCCCGAUUUGGGGGUUUAGAAUGGAAGGAAGUGGAGGAUUUUGAAAGUCUUACACUUUCCCCCCCUAUUUCCUUCGACCAAACACACACAAAUCCCCCGCUUUCCUCUCCGCCUCUCCGAAACCCUCCAACCAAACAGGGCCUAAGGGGAUUUAAAGAAAUGAAGUUCGUCCUGCACUUGUUGAUAAUUCAUGCAGUCACUGAUGAUAUAUCGCCUCCCAUCAGGAUGCUACUCAUUCAACAUAACAUAGCGAUUUAUGGUUGUUGAUGACGCAGAAUGGCGCGUGCACCAUGUGGCGCGCAAUUCCCCCUUCGCCAUGAAAAGUGGGCGUGGCGAUACCUAUACCUGUGGCGACGCCAUUUGGGCGCCAUCGCCAUGGCGACAGGCUACUCUCUCUGCGUCCCAGUCAAAUAAUCUGGAUCGAAGCAUCUGGAAUCCAUGGGAAACGUUCAGAAAUUUUAUGCAUCACCUUCGAACCCCCUGUUCUCUGCGAUUCAGUUCUCUGCGAAUCCCCAGUUGUUUGUUCCAUUCCUGACCGCGACCUCCAUAUUGUUUUUUAUUCUACUUUAGUAGUUACUAGUAUUCUACCUGUGCGAAGCACGAGAAUUUAUCAUAUGACAUUAUACACUAUGCAAUAUAAAAAAUUAAACAUUUGGAAUUUAAAAAUAAUACGUAAGUUUAAUAACUUUUGAUGCAUACAUAAUAAGAGUUACAUGUGUAUUAAUGUCAAUAAAAAUCAAAUAUUCGAAAAAUGAUAAUUACUGAUGCAUUCCCAGUAGAAUCAGCAACACGUAGCAUAACCUUAUAUCUACUCAUGCAAAUUAUGUCUAAGUUAUCCAUUGUUUUCCAUAUAUAUACAUAUAUUAAAACAAAAGUUAAUUCUGAAAUUAAGUAAGACGUAACCUUGGCACACCAUCAACACAUGACUUGGCACAAUUUGUACAAUGGAAUUGCGAAUCUGUUUUAUCAAGUUUCUUAGUACAGUUUGGGCAGGAUAAAUACCACCAGUUGUCACCACUCUCUAUUGCAACGAUCCUUGCAUAAACCCAGAAACUUCCGCCCUGUAAACAUAUUUCAAUUUUAAUUUGCAUUUUGGAAAAAAAGAAAAAAAUUCGAAUUUGAAAAUGAAACCUCUUUUGAUUCAUAGAGUUCAUCUAUAGUUUUCAACGGUCCAGUAAAGUUGUUAAGUUUCCUCCAAUAUAGGCAAGCGUGAGUUUGAUGUCACUGAAAGAGUACUUAUACUUUGCACCUCAAUAUUCCUCUCGAUCAUACUUGUAAAAGAACAAAGAAACGACGUAAUAGUAAGCCUAAAAAAAUUGUAUUAAAAUAACUCAUUCAUUUAUUAUUGUGAAAUAAAAAUGAUAUCCAUUUACCCAUCCCUAAAACGCUUGAACUCAUCACUUGUUUCAUUAAUGAUAACCUUUGUAAUGUGGAAUGAGGUUGAUAAUUGCGGUGCACCUACACAAAACCGUCAAUACCAAUGUCACUUGCUAUUUGAAAAUGUUCAUUUUCAAAUUAUGUAAAUUUAUAUGAGCAAGAGUAACCCAAAUCAAACCAUUAAACAUCUUUGCACGACAGAAUUGCACAAGGCAUAUGACGGGUUUAACCGUAUUGUUAUCCAAAUACGGAUUCCCUUCAUUGAUGUAGUUGUCCCAAAAUGUGCACCGAAUCUGGCGCAUCCUAUGGAAUAUAUAAAAAAUAUAUGUAAUAAUAAUUAUGAUAGAAUAACAUGAUACUUCACGUGUAGACGCAAACACGUACUCAUUAUCUUGCAGCAAAACUUGUCUUGUUUUAUGUGGCACCCCUUUUACCAAUGUAUCUUCUACACCUCUUUUCGAGACAAUGUGACCAAUAACAUCUAAACAUUAAAAAAAAUAUAAUUCCAUUAGCACAAGCGAAAAUGCAACACAUAUUUAUGAAUAUAUUUUAUGGGAAUAAAAAUAUAAUCUAAACAAACUCGGAAGAACUACUAACCAAACAUUUCGGUUUCAUCCAAUAUGUUUGCUGUCAACACACUCUCAAAAGAUUUGAAUUUAUACACCUCGUUCAAGAACUCCGGCUCAUUGUGUUCCGUAAUUUGAGUCUUUGGGAGAAAAAGUAUCUUGAACUUGUUUGGUGUGGUCUUGUAUUUUUUACCAUCAUAUGCCACGACAAAAUUGCCAAUUGCAUAAACCUCUCCCUCUUUCAUUGCAUCCUUAUACUUUGCAAUCAAAAAGCUUCGAAUCGUUCCAUGAAUCCGAUCUCCCUAGCAUUUUAAAAAUAAAAAAAGCCGUAGGGCAUUAACGAAACCAAUUAUUUGUCAAAAAUUGCCUUACAAUCUAUAUUCAAGAAAAUAUUCGUUUUGUAAUUUCUACUAUCCAUAUUUCAAUAUAUCAUUUAUUUUAUCAAAACAUUUUUAGACUCUCUGGUAGACAUGUACGUCAAGUGCCAAUUAUUUUAUCUAAACGUUUUAAAACAUUUUCAAACAAUUAUUUUUCAAAUGCUGCCUUACAAUCUAUAUACAUCAAUUUAAGUUCGUUGCUACAUGUACAUCAAGUGAGGACAUCAUAACGGAAUGUAAAUAUAGCAAAUAUCUACCUCCUUGUCAUGAAACACACACUUCAGGCUCUUAACUUCACCGUCUUCACUUUGUGAGUAAUACAUCCGCACCAGCCUUAGUCUUAAACCCCAAAUCCUGGAUUGAGGAGAUACAUCCCAAAUCAAACCAAACAUACCCGCCAUUUUUCCACAAGUAUUGAACUCAAGUGAUGCAUUCAUCUCUAUUUGCUAUGCGCCUAUGGUGGGCUGUAAAGAUGUUUAGGUCCCUAUUUAUAGAAUAAAUUUCAACCCUAUUUAAUGUUUGAGUGUCUGCACGUGUUUUUUUAAGUUCAAAAGGCACUUUCAAAAUCAAAAAUCGUUUCAUAUAACCCCACAUUUUAUUUAAACAACCGGUUACUACUAAUUACAAUUUGAAGACCAAAAGGCACCUUAAAUAAUUCACAUGUUUAAUAUCACACGUUUUCCUAAACACCUUUUCCUAAUCUCGGAUUAACACAUUUUCCUAAAACACACGUUUUCCUAAACACCUUUUCCUAAUUUGAAUUUUGAAUGCAUAAUGCCACCCAAAUUCCCUCCCAAACUCCCCCCCCCCCACUUUUCCAUUUUAAUAUAUAUAUAGAUUUAAAGUAAACUAAUAAAUAGCUUAACUUAUAAUUAAUACAAUAUACGAUUAAUUCAAAUUAUUUUUAUUAUUUUAAUAUUCCGAGUUGUUGGAAUACACACUCACACAGGAUCUUACUAUCCGAGUUACGAUCCUAAAUUCGUCUUUCAAUCCUACAUAGGAUAUUUAACUUCACAUGUUUUGGUUAGUAUUGAACGUGUUUUAUCAUAUUUUGGUGGUUAAGUGAUACAAUUAUAGUGUCUAUAAUUCGUUUUUUAGUUUUUUUUGUCACGUGGCGACGCCAUAUUUGUGUCAUCGCCAUGUAAAAAUGCCUGAAUAUACAAAUGCUGCCAUUCUUGAAUUGAUUGUUAGUUACUGAAACUGUAAUGAUGAUGUGAUAAAGUGAAAGCAGGAGAUGACUGCAUAUCUAUAGUUGGAAACUCCUCGUGGAUUCGUAUAAGAGGCAUUGCAUGUGGUCCAGGCCACGGUAUAAGGUAUCCUAAUUUGACUUGUUUUCUCUUUUCCAAAACUUGUUCAUUCAAAUCUGUCAGGUACUUCAUCGGGAAUUUGCCUACAUAUUACUCAUCAUAUAAGAGUUGAAGUUCUUUACCUCAUUGGGCUUACACUGCCAGUAUUGGAAGCUUAGGAAAAUCAACUUCAUGGGAUAACGUGCAUGACGUUAGUGUAAUAGGAGCAUUUUUUUCAAAUACCAAGAACGGGGCAAGGAUUAAAACAUGGCAGGUAAAUAGUCUUGGUGAGUUUUGCACUGCAUGUUUACCUCAAUAUUCACUUUGCACCCACCACAAUUUGUUUUCUUUGACUUUACAUCCUGAUGGGGUACAAUGUCAAACUUUGGGGUGAAAAUCGAAUGCAAAUACCUUUUUUGUUAGCUGUUGCACACACUGGCAUAGCUGGGGGGGGGGGGGGGGGACCUAGGCCUCAGCCCACCCCAAUUUUUAAAAGUGCCUUAAUUACUAGUGUAAAAAAUUUGAGUAAUUUUUUUUUCAAUAAUUUUCUUUGUACUGGCCCAGUCCGGCUCACUGUUCUGGCUACGUCCAUGGUUGCACCCCAUGUUUAGAGUUGAGAGUGAACCCUAUGCGGAACAUAGUUAAAGAUGACAAAAGAUGGGGCAUGAAGUCCAAAUAAUGAGGUAAAUAUGAGGUUUUAAAGUCCAACCGGUAGGUGGAUGAUCUUUCUUAAGUUCGGAAACAAAAUAUGUCACGACUCAUAAGGGACCAUAGUUUUGUAUUUGUUCUUUUGAGUCCGCUAAUGCAAGGGAAGAUCCUUUUCUUUUAUUACUUAAAAAAACAGGGAGGUAGCGGUUUUGCAAGGAACAUAAAGUAUGAGAACAUUAUGAUGAAGAAUGUCUCAAACCCAAUUAUAAUAGAUCAGUACUACUGUGAUUCAUCAAAGCCAUGUCUAAACCAGACUUCAGCAGUUGGUAUAAGUAAUGUGGCAUUUAUAAGAAUUAAAGGAACUUCUGCUACAAUGGAAGCGAUACGAAUAGCCUGCAGUGAUACCUCCCCGUGCAGGAAGAUAUUCUUCAAAGAUGUUGAUCUCGUUUCUUCUUCCGGCAGGACGUCUUUCUACUGCUGGAAUGCUUAUGGGUCCACUGAAAAUCUUGUUUACCCCCCACCAUGUUUUCCUUGUGCUACAACUAUGGUUCAGCCUACUAUGAUCCAACACACUAGUAGUAGUAGUAGCAGUAGUAGUAGUAGUAUUCUCUCAAUGUGAUUAUACUAUUGUGGUUCCACACUAAAACUUCAAUGCAACACUGUAAAGAAAUAACAAUAAUGCUCUAUAUAAGAACUAACUUGCAUUCUAG